AUGUCUUCACGACCGUACAAUACAAUCGCUCAAAGAGUCGUUGCCAGAGGGCGUAAAGUUGGUAGUGGCAACAAAAGAACUAAAGAUGAUUCACCGCCCAACCCCUCGAUAACUACUCGUGGCUCGAGAAGCGACGGUGUACUACCCAAAUCGAACAUUACUACUCGAAGUUCAAAAAAUGCCGGUGUCGGUACGCCCGGGAAGGUAUCCACAAAAUCCACCUCACCUGCCGCCAUUCUAAUCAACUUAAACAACGCCACACGCAAAAGGACUAGCCCGAUGAAAACAAGAUCGGCGAGCGCUAACCUGAAGUUAAAUUCCAUAGCUUCUGAUAAGAACCUAGCGACUGGCACUCCGAUCGAAACCAAUUCACCACAAUCGCACCCGGCAAAGAGACAACGCCAGGAUAAAUCGUUACCAAUGUUUUUUAUUGUGCUUGACGAAAUGCCUGGUGGCACCGAACGCGAAAGUUCAGUUGUAAACUCCAAAUUGAGUCAAUAUAAAAGUGGAGUCACAGAUAGUAGUGUUCAUACAUCACCGAAAGAAAUGGAAAGUCUGUCGGAUACGAUAAUGGAGGAGGCAACAGGUGUCACAACAAAGUCGAAUGAAGUAACAACGAAUUGUUUAACGAACGUGGAGUCGAAUGAUCCAGUAGAUACGAAAAUAGAUACCUCUGGAGAUAUUAUAAUGCUAGAUUCAUCGGAAGAAAAGACUGGUGAUUCGGUAAUAGGGUCAAAAUGUGAUCGAGUGGAUGUAGUCGCGAACGGUUCCAAUGAUAUGGUAGCAGAUGGCACGCAUGACAAAUCUCCUAAUAAUUCCGAAGUAGAAUCCAAAAGCAAUUCCGUGAUUGUACCGAAGGAUGAAUUGAUAGAAAACGUGACAAUGAGAGAGACAGCUGAUAAGCCACCUGGUAGUUCAGAAGAAGCAUUAAAGAAUCAUUCACCGAAUGAUGAAUUGAUGAAAAAAUCAGAAUCAGACAUGUUGGUGGAAAAGUUAAAGAAUACAAACAUUAGGGAAUUAUCAGUUGUGACAGCGGAUGAUUUUACGGACUCGAAUGUACAACAUUCGUCUAACAAGUCUACCGAUGAUCCCGAAGUGGCAAAAGAUAGUCCAGCAGAUACGGCGACGGAUAGUCCUGAUGGUAUAACUAUUAAGGAUACAUGUGACAAUCAAGUUGAUAAUUCGGAGAUAACACCAAUGGAUAACUCAGCGGAGGCAAUCGAACCCACGGAAGAACCGUUGAAUACGUCAAAGAACGAAUCGGACAUCAAAGAUUCAUUGGGGGUGAAUGAUUUGCGGGAUGAAUUGUCAAAAGAUUUGGGAAGUGAGACGGUAGGCAGAUCAAUUGAUGCAACCGAUUCGGAAGGAGUUUUAAAAAGUGAUACUAAGGACAUGAAGAUAGGAGGUGAAUCGGCAACGUGCGGGUCGACGGAUGCAAUGAGGGAUAAUUUAGAAGAUGAUUGUUCAUCUAGUAAACCUAAUGUAGAAGUGUUUAGCGGCAGGCAUCAAGAUGAGAGUGAAAAUUGGAAAGAAAACAUUAAUAGUGAAUUGAGCAAUUCGAAACCCAUUCAUCAGGAUAAAUUAGCAGAUCAGAGUAAAACCCGGGAAGAAAAGGGAGUAAGUAAUAAUUUGGUUAAGGUAAAUAAUUCGAGUACUAAUUUAGUUAAACCGGAUGCUGAGAGGGAAACGGAUGAGGAUUCGAAGUCGAUAAAGGACAACGCACAUCAGGUUUCACCGGAAGAAGGUGGAUUAAAAGAUGAAGGGUCAGAGAGCACACAGACCACACAGGCCACACAGGACACACAACCAAGUCAAGGAAACUCGAAUGACAUACCGACCGGAGUAACCUUUAUAGACCUCACCUCCGAUGACGACAAAGAUGAUAUUAUAACGGUAAUAUCGUGGUCCUCAAUGGAUGCCAAUGUAGACGAAGACGAUCCACCGUCACUGGACGAUUUAGCCGUUUUCGAUGAUAUUUCGGCGGAGGCCGAUGAACUGGAAGAGGAUGACAUAGAUGACGGAGAUGUGAGAAAAAGUGAGGAUUUUGAGGAAAAGGGAUUUAAAAUUGAUAAUUUGAUAAAGGGCAUGAGUGCUGGAAAAGUGCUCGUUAGAAGAUUAGGGCUCACCGUGUACACUGAAGAAGCGAGCAAAGGAGAAUUUCGGGACCGUCAAGUGGACUUGGGCACCUAUGACGUCUGCGGUGCCACCACAUUCAAAAAUAAAUCAAUCGUGAUACCCGUGAUACCAGUCGGGAAAACGGGAGUGCAUUUUUCCUUUUUUGACAUAAUGAAGGCCGUGGAACAAAUUCCCAAUUUUACCAUAGUUGCAUUAGGAAGUUGCCAUG